AUGGCAUAACUUCCAUAGUUAAUUCCUUGUGAAGAUAUUUAUGAUUUAGAUACAUUUCAAUUAGAAGAAAUGCAAAAAAUGAUAAAAUCCUUUACUACUGAUGAACCUUAGUGGAAUAAAAAGGCUAAAAAAAUAUUGGAUCUAAUUGAGGUAGAACUCAAAGAAAGAUAAUCUAUAGAAAAUUUUGCUUUUAAUAUUUAGAUUGAAGAUUUCAUUCAAUAACCUAUUUAUUAAAAUAAUACUCUUUAAGCUAUAUUAAAUGAUAUCAAAAAUAGACCAGCUAACUAUUUGGAUAUACAAAUUUCAAAACCUCCUUUAGCAAAACAUGAUUAAACAACAGAAGAUAAAUUUUAGAAGCAAUAAACAAAUUAAUAACAAUACUAAUAAUUAAAUCAAUUAGCUGAAUAAAACAUCUAAAAAUAUUCAUAAUAAUCUUAAAAUUAAUCUGAUACAUUAUCAACAAAUUCUAUCACAAGAAGUAGUCAUCCUUAAAACAAAGUUUAAACUAAAAAGCCAAAUUAAUUAUAAGAUUUUAUGAAAGAUGUAUUAAAGAAAACAGAUGUUUCUAAUUAAUAGUUUAUAAUUGGAGCAGCAAUAAAUCACAGAUACAUCCCACCUCCUCCUAAACCUUAAUUAAAUACUGUUGAUAAAAUCAAAUAGGAAAAACUUAUGAGAAAGAAAAAGAAGAAAUAAGUAAGGACAGAGAGUUUAGGAAAAGUUGUUGAGCAUCUUCCAGCUAUUGGUAAAUAAACAUCUGCAAUUAAAACAUAAACUAAAUUGGAAUAAUCAAAUGUUCAUUCUUAAAGCAGUGCUUCUAAGUAAAAUUUUGAAUUGAAAUAAAAAUCAUUAGAUUGUAAUAUUAAUAAUCAAGAGAACAAAGAAGAAUUAAGUGAUAAAUGUAUUAUUAAUUCUUAAAUACAAUCAAACAAUUUAAUUACUAUUACUUAAAUUGAUAAAAAUCAACUUAAAGAUUAGAUCUAAGAGAAAGUAAAUCAAGAAGAUAUUAUUGAAUAAAAUAGACAUAAAAAUAUCACUAAUUAUGAAGAAAAUUGUUAAAAAAAUAAUGACACUAAUGUAUAAUAGUAAAUUAACAAUCCUGUUACAGAAAAACAAGAGGAAUUCAAAGAUCAAAUGAAAAAUUUGGAUUAAAAUGAGAAUGGAAAUAAUAAUAUUAAUUCAUAAUAGUUAUUAGAUUAAGUUUAUGGAAAUGAGUAUAUAGAUUUAGAAUAAUAAAAUGAAUUUUUACUACCAAAUUAAUAAAAUAAAUUUAACAGUAAUUUAUAGAUUGAAUUUGAUAGAAAAAAAGAAGAUUAUUUAGAGGAUUAGAAAAGAAUUGAAUCGGAAGAGAAAGAAUAUCUUAAUUAGAAAGAUCAAUUAUUAUAAAACCAUUAUAACUAAAUCAUGAAUGAUGAAUUGAUUGAAAAGUCAAAGAAUAAUUAUUUAGUAUAAAAUUAAUAAUAGUUAUAAAUAACAUUAAAAGAAGAAUAUGAAGACAAUAUUAAUGAUGAAGUUGAGAAUUUAUAGUUUACAGAUUAAUAAUCAUAAAAAUAAUAGGAAAAUAAACAAAAAGUCCUUGAAACUGAAAAUAAAGAUCAAUUAAAAAAUAAUAAGGAUCAAUAAUUAAAAUAAUUAUCUAAAAAUUAAUUUAUUACAAAACAAAGUAUUAGUUAAUAAUCUUCAAGAAGAUAAGAUAAUAAAAGCAAACCUACUAGUUAAUCAUCAAUAAAUCACAAAGGAAACUUAAAAAAAUAAUUAACCAUGGAUACAAAAAGAUAAAAUGAAGAAGGUAUAAUUAUUAAUUAUUAUUAAGCAAUAGAUGAUUAUCAUGAAGUAGAAAGUGAUCAUGAUUAAGUAAAUUUUAACAAAUUAAAACCACAUAAAGAUUUAGGAUUUAAGUAAAAUGGAAAAGUUGAUUAAUCUAAAUAGAAAGGAGUAAUUGAAACAAAAUAAAAAGUUGUUCUUACUGAUAAAGAGAAAAUGGAUGAAAUAAAUAACAUUUGCAAAGAAAUGGGAUUAGAUGAAUUUAAGGGGAAAUAAUAAUAAUCAUCUAUUCCUACUUAAAUAAGUAAAGCAAUAACUCCAAGUACUAAUAAUAGACCAAAAAAUCCAUAAUCAAAAUAUAUUUAAAAAAUGCUAUAAUGCAUUGAUGAUUCAAAAUUAGAAGAUUAUUCUGAUAUUGUUCCAACAUUUUAGCAUUUAUUUAGUGGAUUUUUCAAUAAUUAACCUCAUUAUAAUCAUUUAGAUGUAAUGAGAGAAAUAUAUAGUAUUUUCUCAUAACACAUUGAGAAAGUUGAUAAUGUUGAAUCUCUCUUAAGUAAGUACAAAUCAAAUCCUUUGGCAAUAAAUCCAAAUGAACUUGUUUAUAUAAAUGAUCCUCAUAGAUUAAUACAAUAUUCUACAAGAACAGGUGUUGAUAUUCAAUAAUACAUUUAACGUCAGAUGGUUUUUAAUAAACGACUUUAAAAUGAUACAAUUAAUUUAGGAAAGUAAGAAAGAUAUUUUAGAGUAGUAAAAACAAAAGAAGAGGUAUAUGGUAAUAAUUAUAAUAAUAAUAGAUAUAAUAACAAGAUCAUUUAUGAGAAAGUAAGGUUGGACAGAAUUACCUCAUGGAAUUGGACUUCGAACAUCUUGGAAUGUAUUGUGGACUUGGUCAAAACCAUAAAUUGAUUUAAAUAAAUUACUUUUAUUUUAAAAAGUCAACCAUUUUCCUUUUAAUAAGAAUUUAGGGAGAAAAGAUUUAUUAAAGAAAAAUAUUGAGAGAUGUUAAAAAUUAGGGACUAAGGCUUAAUAAAUUUUUGAUAUUAUUCCAUCAACAUUUUUGUUACCCAAAGAAUAUGUAUAAUUUAUGGAAAAGUUUUACAAAGACUCUGAAUCAGAAGGAUAAUAAAAUAUUUGGAUUAUGAAACCUACAGGAAAAUCUAGAGGUAGAGGCAUAACAGUUUUAAAUGAUAUAUCAGAUGUUAUGUAUGCUGAACCUGUAGUAUUAUAGAAAUAUCUUAAGAAUCCACUUUUAUUGAAGGGACAUAAAUUUGAUAUGAGAAUAUAUGUACUAGUUACAUCUUUUAAUCCUUUAGAAGUGUUUCUAUACAAAGAAGGCUUUGCUCGUUUAACUACAUAACCUUUUACUCUUGAUAUCAAUGAUCUCAAAAAUUAAUUAGUUCAUUUAACUAAUUUUGCAGUACAAAAGACUCAUGUGUAAAUCUAGGAUUUGGAGUCAUAAUUAGGAGGUUGUAAAAUAUCUUUAAGAUAAUUGAGAGAAAAAUUAAUUGAUAAAAAUAUAGAUUGGAAUAAAAUAUGGGAGUAAGUGUAAGAUAUAGUAUUAAAAUCUUUGGUAGCUUGUUAAUCUGAAAUACCAAAUAAUCCUAACAGCUUUGAAUUAUUUGGUUAUGAUAUUAUAAUUGAUACAAACUAAAAAUGUUGGCUAUUAGAAGUGAAUGCUUCCCCAUCUUUGGCUAGGGAUUAUAUUUUGGAUGAAUUAAUAAAACAAUAAUUAAUUGAUGAUAUAUUUGAUUUGAUUGAUAGUCCAAAUUAUGAUCGAUAAAGAUUAUGUGAAGUUUUGGAAAGAAGAAUUUAGGAAGAACAAGGAUGUAAAUCAGUCAUUAACACUAUGAAUAACUCAAAAUUACAAUUAUAAAGAGAUCUCAAUUAUAUUUUGAAUGGUACACAUAUGCGUAGAUAUGGAGAAAUGCCUAAAUAAAUGGGAGGAUUUAUGAGAUUGGCUCCUUCUGAAAAAUAUGAUAAGUUGAAAUCUUUAGUUUAAAGUUAUAAAACAAUAAAUGGUAGAGGAACUAUAGAUUGA